UUUGCUGAGAGCAGGCUGCGUGUGAGCCCAGCGUCAAGUAAUUCUGGCUUCCUCGAGUCGACGGUGGUGGACCAGGCUCUACGAGAGGACUGGCUGUGAAGGAUGAGUUCAGGGUGGGAUGACGGACCGCUUCUGGGACCAGUGGUAUCUCUGGUAUCUCCGCCUGCUCCGGCUGCUGGAUCGAGGGUCUUUUCGGAAUGAUGGUUUGAAAGCUUCUGAUGUCCUUCCCAUCCUAAAGGAAAAAGUGGCCUUCGUGUCUGGGGGCCGUGAUAAGCGAGGUGGACCCAUCCUGACUUUCCCUGCUCGCAGCAAUCAUGACAGAAUAAGACAGGAAGACCUGCGGAAACUCGUGACCUAUUUGGCCAGCGUGCCAAGUGAGGACGUGUGCAAACGUGGCUUUACUGUCAUCAUCGACAUGCGGGGCUCCAAGUGGGACCUCAUCAAGCCACUCCUCAAGACACUGCAGGAAGCCUUUCCAGCCGAGAUCCAUGUGGCCCUCAUCAUCAAGCCUGACAACUUCUGGCAGAAACAGAAGACCAAUUUUGGCAGUUCCAAAUUCAUCUUUGAGACGAGCAUGGUGUCCGUGGAGGGCCUCACGAAGCUGGUGGACCCCUCUCAGCUGACUGAGGAGUUUGAUGGCUCCCUGGACUACAACCAUGAGGAGUGGAUUGAGCUGCGGCUCUCCCUGGAGGAGUUCUUCAACAGCGCUGUGCACCUGCUCUCACGCCUUGAGGACCUGCAGGAGAUGCUCGCACGGAAGGAGUUCCCCGUUGAUGUGGAGGGCUCGCGGCGGCUCAUUGAUGAGCACACACAGCUUAAGAAGAAGGUGCUGAAGGCCCCUGUGGAGGAGCUGGACCGGGAGGGGCAGCGGCUGCUGCAGUGCAUCCGUUGCAGUGACGGCUUCUCAGGACGCAACUGUAUCCCGGGCAGCGCUGAUUUCCAGAGUCUGGUUCCCAAGAUCACUAGCCUCCUGGACAAGCUGCACUCUACCCGGCAGCACCUGCACCAGAUGUGGCACGUGCGCAAGCUCAAGCUGGACCAGUGCUUCCAGCUGCGGCUCUUCGAGCAGGAUGCUGAGAAGAUGUUCGACUGGAUAAGCCACAACAAGGAGUUAUUCCUCCAGAGCCAUACAGAGAUUGGAGUCAGCUACCAGCACGCCCUAGACCUUCAGACGCAGCACAAUCAUUUCGCCAUGAACUCCAUGAACGCCUAUGUCAACAUCAACCGCAUCAUGUCUGUGGCUUCCCGCCUCUCCGAGGCUGGCCAUUAUGCCUCACAGCAAAUCAAGCAGAUUUCCACACAGCUGGACCAGGAGUGGAAGAGCUUUGCGGCUGCCCUGGACGAACGCAGCACCAUUCUAGCCAUGUCUGCAGUGUUCCACCAGAAGGCUGAGCAGUUCCUGUCAGGAGUGGAUGCCUGGUGCAAGAUGUGCAGUGAAGGUGGCCUGCCAUCUGAGAUGCAGGACCUGGAGCUGGCAAUCCACCAUCACCAGUCCUUGUAUGAGCAGGUGACCCAGGCCUACACAGAGGUCAGCCAGGAUGGGAAAGCCCUGCUGGAUGUGCUGCAGCGUCCCCUGAGUCCUGGAAACUCUGAGUCCCUCACAGCCACAGCCAACUACUCCAAGGCGGUUCACCAGGUGCUGGACGUGGUACAUGAGGUGCUGCACCACCAGCGGCGGCUUGAGAGCAUCUGGCAGCACCGCAAGGUGCGGCUCCACCAGCGGCUGCAGCUCUGUGUCUUCCAGCAGGACGUCCAGCAGGUAUUAGACUGGAUUGAAAACCAUGGUGAGGCCUUUCUCAGCAAACACACUGGAGUUGGAAAGUCCCUGCAUCGAGCCCGGGCCCUGCAGAAGAGGCAUGAUGACUUUGAAGAGGUGGCUCAGAAUACAUACACCAAUGCGGACAAGCUCCUAGAAGCAGCAGAACAGCUGGCGCAGACCGGGGAAUGUGACCCCGAGGAGAUCUACAAGGCAGCUCGACACCUGGAGGUGCGCAUCCAAGACUUUGUGCGCAGGGUGGAGCAGCGGAAGCUUCUCCUGGAUAUGUCUGUCUCCUUCCACACACACACCAAAGAGCUGUGGACAUGGAUGGAAGACCUUCAGAAGGAGAUGCUGGAGGAUGUCUGUGCAGACUCGGUGGAUGCAGUGCAGGAACUGAUCAAGCAGUUCCAGCAGCAGCAGUCUGCCACCCUGGAUGCCACCCUCAAUGUCAUCAAGGAAGGCGAAGACCUUAUCCAGCAGCUCAGGUCAGCGCCUCCCUCCCUGGGGGAGCUCAGCGAGGCCAGGGACUCUGCCGUGUCCAACAACAAGACCCCCCACAGUAGCUCCAUCAGCCACAUUGAGUCAGUUCUGCAGCAGCUGGAUGAUGCCCAGGUGCAGAUGGAGGAGCUGUUCCAUGAGCGGAAGAUCAAGCUGGACAUCUUCCUGCAGCUGCGCAUCUUUGAGCAGUAUACCAUUGAGGUGACAGCAGAGCUAGAUGCCUGGAAUGAGGACUUGCUCCGGCAGAUGAAUGACUUCAACACCGAGGAUCUGACACUGGCAGAGCAGCGGCUGCAGCGCCACACGGAGCGGAAGCUGGCCAUGAACAACAUGACCUUUGAGGUCAUCCAGCAGGGCCAGGAUCUGCACCAGUACAUCAUGGAGGUCCAGGCCUCAGGAAUUGAGUUAAUCUGUGAGAAAGACAUUGAUCUAGCAGCCCAGGUGCAAGAGCUACUGGAGUUUCUCCAUGAGAAGCAGCAUGAAUUAGAGCUCAACGCAGAGCAGACCCACAAGCGGCUCGAGCAGUGCCUCCAGCUGCGGCACCUCCAGGCCGAGGUGAAACAGGUCCUGGGAUGGAUCCGCAAUGGAGAAUCGAUGCUCAACGCCAGCCUGGUCAAUGCCAGCUCUUUGUCUGAAGCAGAGCAGCUGCAGCGGGAACACGAGCAGUUCCAACUGGCCAUCGAGUCCCUCUUUCAUGCCACUUCCUUGCAGAAGACACACCAGAGCGCCCUGCAGGUACAACAGAAAGCUGAGGCACUGCUCCAGGCCGGCCACUAUGAUGCUGACGCCAUCCGGGAAUGUGCUGAGAAGGUGGCCCUCCACUGGCAGCAGCUCAUGCUGAAGAUGGAAGACCGGCUAAAGCUGGUCAAUGCCUCUGUGGCCUUUUAUAAGACUUCUGAACAGGUCUGUAGUGUCCUGGAGAGCUUAGAGCAAGAAUACCGGAGAGAUGAGGACUGGUGCGGUGGACGAGAUAAGCUGGGACCAGCCGCAGAAAUCGACCAUGUUAUUCCACUCAUCAGUAAACAUUUGGAACAGAAGGAGGCCUUUCUUAAGGCCUGCACCCUGGCACGACGGAACGCGGAGGUGUUUCUCAAGUACAUCCACAGGAACAAUGUCAGCAUGCCCAGUGCUGCCAGCCACACCCGGGGACCCGAGCAGCAAGUGAAAGCCAUCCUGAGUGAGCUCUUACAGAGGGAGAAUCGCGUCCUGCACUUCUGGACCUUGAAGAAGCGGCGGUUAGACCAGUGCCAGCAAUAUGUGGUAUUUGAGCGCAGCGCUAAGCAGGCACUGGACUGGAUCCAAGAAACAGGUGAAUAUUACCUCUCAACACAUACCUCCACUGGAGAGACGACAGAGGAGACUCAGGAACUUCUGAAAGAAUACGGGGAAUUCAGGGUGCCUGCCAAGCAAACAAAGGAGAAGGUGAAGCUUCUGAUUCAGCUGGCUGAUAGCUUUGUGGAAAAGGGCCACAUCCAUGCCACAGAGAUCAGGAAAUGGGUGACCACGGUGGACAAACAUUACAGAGAUUUCUCCUUGAGGAUGGGAAAGUACCGUUACUCCCUGGAGAAAGCCCUAGGAGUCAACACAGAGGAUAACAAGGACCUGGAGCUGGACAUCAUCCCAGCAAGCCUUUCAGACCGUGAGGUCAAGCUACGGGACGCCAACCACGAAGUCAAUGAAGAGAAGCGGAAGUCAGCCCGCAAAAAAGAAUUCAUCAUGGCUGAACUGCUCCAGACAGAGAAGGCUUAUGUAAGGGACUUACAUGAGUGCUUAGAGACCUACCUGUGGGAAAUGACCAGUGGUGUGGAGGAGAUCCCCCCUGGGAUCCUUAAUAAAGAACAUAUCAUCUUUGGCAACAUCCAGGAGAUCUACGAUUUUCAUAACAACAUCUUCCUCAAAGAGCUGGAGAAGUACGAGCAGCUGCCUGAGGAUGUGGGACACUGCUUUGUUACCUGGGCAGACAAAUUUCAGAUGUAUGUCACCUACUGUAAAAACAAGCCUGAUUCCAACCAGCUGAUCUUGGAGCAUGCAGGCACCUUCUUUGAUGAGAUACAGCAGCGGCAUGGUCUGGCCAACUCAAUCUCUUCCUACCUGAUUAAACCCGUCCAGAGGAUCACCAAGUACCAACUACUCCUGAAGGAACUUUUAACUUGCUGUGAAGAAGGGAAGGGGGAGCUCAAGGAUGGCCUGGAGGUGAUGCUCAGUGUCCCAAAGAAAGCCAAUGAUGCCAUGCAUGUCAGCAUGCUGGAAGGGUUCGACGAGAACCUGGACGUGCAGGGGGAGCUGAUUCUCCAGGAUGCCUUUCAAGUGUGGGACCCCAAGUCGCUGAUCCGGAAAGGGCGGGAGCGGCACUUGUUCCUCUUUGAGAUCUCCUUGGUUUUUAGCAAGGAGAUCAAAGACUCUUCAGGACACACAAAAUAUGUUUACAAGAACAAGCUACUGACCUCAGAGCUGGGUGUGACGGAGCACGUGGAGGGCGAUCCCUGCAAAUUCGCCCUGUGGUCUGGGCGCACCCCCUCCUCAGACAAUAAGACAGUGCUGAAGGCCUCCAACAUAGAAACCAAGCAGGAGUGGAUCAAGAACAUACGAGAGGUGAUUCAAGAAAGGAUCAUUCACCUGAAAGGAGCUUUAAAGGAGCCAAUUCAGCUCCCCAAAACACCAGCCAAACAAAGGAACAAUAGCAAGAGGGAUGGAGUAGAAGAUGUUGACAGUCAGGGGGAUGGGAGCAGCCAGCCCGAUACCAUCUCCAUUGCAUCUAGGACCUCUCAGAACACCGUGGACAGUGACAAGCUCUCUGGGGGAUGUGAGCUGACAGUGGUCCUCCAGGACUUCAGCGCGAGCCACAGCAGUGAGCUGACCAUCCAGGUGGGACAGACGGUGGAGCUGCUGGAGCGGCCGGGCGAGCGGCCGGGCUGGUGUCUGGUCCGCACCACGGAGCGGAGCCCCCCGCAGGAGGGCCUGGUUCCCAGCAGUGCCCUGUGCAUCUCCCAUUCCCGGAGCAGCGUGGAGAUGGACUGCUUCUUCCCCUUGGUGAAAGAUGCAUACUCUCAUUCCUCAAGUGAAAAUGGAGGCAAAUCCGAGUCAGUGGCCAACCUGCAGGCUCAGCCCUCUCUGAACUCCAUCCACAGCUCCCCUGGUCCCAAGCGUUCCACCAACACCCUUAAGAAGUGGCUGACAAGUCCUGUACGCCGGCUCAACAGCGGGAAAGCAGAUGGAAACAUCAAGAAACAGAAGAAAGUACGGGAUGGUCGGAAGAGCUUCGACCUGGGAUCUCCCAAGCCUGGAGAUGAGACAGCCCCUCAGGGAGACAGUGCUGAUGAGAAGAGCAAGAAAGGUUGGGGUGAAGACGAGCCAGACGAGGAGUCACACACACCCCUGCCUCCGCCCAUGAAGAUCUUUGACAACGACCCUGCGCAGGACGAGAUGUCCUCUUUGCUAGCAGCCCGGCAGGCCUCCACCGAAGUACCCACUGCUGCAGACCUUGUCAGUGCAAUAGAACAAUUGGUCAAAAACAAGCUGAGUCUAGAAGGAGGCUCAUACCGGGGGAGCCUGAAAGACCCUGCAGGCUGCCUGAAUGAGGGGCUGACCCCACCUGCACCUCCUAGAAACCUGGAAGAAGAGCAGAAAGCCAAGGCCCUGAGAGGCAGGAUGUUUGUCCUGAAUGAGCUGGUCCAGACAGAGAAGGACUAUGUCAAGGAUCUGGGGGUUGUCGUGGAGGGCUUCAUGAAGAGAAUAGAAGAAAAGGGUGUCCCUGAGGACAUGCGAGGAAAGGACAAGAUCGUGUUUGGAAAUAUUCACCAGAUUUAUGACUGGCAUAAAGAUUUUUUCCUGGCUGAACUGGAAAAAUGUAUCCAGGAGCAAGACAGAUUGGCACAGCUCUUUAUUAAACAUGAGCGGAAGCUGCACAUCUAUGUGUGGUACUGCCAGAACAAGCCGCGCUCCGAGUACAUCGUGGCUGAGUAUGACGCCUACUUUGAAGAGGUGAAACAGGAGAUAAAUCAGAGGCUGACGCUGAGCGACUUCCUUAUCAAGCCCAUUCAGAGAAUAACAAAAUAUCAGUUGCUCCUCAAGGACUUCCUGAGAUACAGCGAGAAGGCUGCUUUGGAAUGUUCAGAUAUCGAGAAAGCAGUGGAGUUAAUGUGCCUUGUUCCAAAACGCUGCAAUGACAUGAUGAAUCUGGGACGCCUGCAGGGCUUUGAGGGCACCCUGACAGCUCAGGGGAAGCUGCUUCAGCAGGACACGUUCUAUGUGAUCGAGCUGGAUGCAGGCAUGCAGUCCCGGACCAAGGAGAGGCGUGUGUUCCUCUUCGAGCAAAUUGUCAUCUUCAGUGAACUGCUCAGGAAGGGAUCUCUCACCCCAGGCUACAUGUUCAAAAGGAGCAUCAAGAUGAAUUACUUGGUCCUGGAGGAGAACGUGGACAAUGACCCCUGCAAGUUUGCACUGAUGAACAGGGAAACUUCUGAGAGGGUCAUUCUGCAGGCUGCCAAUGCUGACAUCCAGCAGGCCUGGGUCCAAGACAUCAGUCAAGUCUUAGAAACACAGCGAGACUUCUUGAAUGCACUACAGUCGCCCAUUGAGUAUCAGCGGAAAGAAAGGACCACGGCCGUGAUGAGGCCCCAGGUGGCUAGGGGACCCCAAGCCAGUCCCAGGCCCUACUCUUCUGUCCCCAUGGGUUCUGAGAAACCCCCAAAGGGCUCCAGCUAUAACCCGCCUCUGCCACCCGUGAAGAUAUCUACCUCCAAUGGCAGCCCAGGGUUUGACUAUCACCAGCCUGGGGACAAGUUCGAGGCCAACAAGCAGAGUGACCUGGGAGGCUGCAACGGGACCUCAUCCAUGGCUGUGAUCAAAGAUUACUAUGCACUGAAGGAGAAUGAAAUCUGUGUGAGCCAAGGUGAGGUGGUCCAGGUCCUCGCCGUCAACCAGCAGAACAUGUGCCUGGUGUACCAGCCUGCCAGCGACCACUCCCCUGCAGCUGAGGGCUGGGUCCCGGGCAGCAUCCUGGCUCCCCCCACCAAAGCCACGACGGCGGCAGAAAACAGUGACGGGAGCAUCAAGAAGUCAUGUUCAUGGCAUACUCUACGCAUGAGAAAGCGGGCGGAAAUGGAGAACACGGGUAAAAAUGAAGCCACAGGGCCUCGUAAACCCAAGGAUAUUCUGGGCAACAAAGUCUCUGUUAAAGAGACGAACAGUUCCGAGGAGUCAGAGUGUGAUGAUCUUGACCCUAAUACUAGCAUGGAGAUCUUAAAUCCAAAUUUCAUUCAAGAAGUGGCCCCAGAAUUCCUUGUGCCCUUAGUGGAUGUGACCUGCUUGCUUGGGGACACAGUGACAUUGCAGUGCAAAGUCUGUGGGCGGCCAAAGCCCAUCAUCACCUGGAAGGGUCCAGACCAGAACAUCCUCGACACUGACAACAGCUCAGCCACGUACUCCGUGUCCUCCUGUGAUUCUGGGGAAAUCACCCUAAAGAUCUGCAAUCUGAUGCCCCAAGACAGCGGGAUUUAUACCUGCAUAGCUACAAACGACCAUGGGACCACGUCAACGUCAGCUACAGUUAAAGUGCAAGGUGUUCCAGCCGCCCCCAACCGCCCCAUUGCCCAGGAGAGAAGCUGCACGUCUGUGAUCCUCCGCUGGCUGCCCCCAUCCAGCACGGGAAACUGCACUAUUUCCGGCUACACCGUGGAGUACAGAGAGGAAGGUUCCCAGUCCUGGCAGCAGUCUGUGGCUUCAACCUUGGACACUUACCUCGUCAUCGAAGACCUCAGUCCUGGGAGUCCUUACCAGUUCAGAGUCAGUGCCAGUAACCCCUGGGGGAUCAGCCUUCCCAGUGAGCCCUCGGAGUUCGUGCAACUUCCAGAAUACGACGCUGCUGCUCAUGGGGCCGCCGUUUCCUGGAAGGAAAACUUUGAUUCGGCUUAUACUGAGCUGAACGAAAUUGGAAGAGGACGUUUCUCCAUAGUAAAGAAGUGCAUUCACAAAGCCACCCGCAAGGACGUCGCUGUGAAAUUUGUUAGUAAAAAAAUGAAGAAGAAAGAGCAGGCUGCCCAUGAGGCAGCCCUACUUCAGCACCUGCAGCACCCCCAGUACAUCACCCUCCAUGACACCUAUGAGUCCCCCACAUCCUACAUCCUGAUUUUGGAACUGAUGGAUGACGGCCGGCUUUUAGACUACCUUAUGAAUCAUGAUGAACUGAUGGAAGAAAAGGUAGCUUUCUAUAUCCGAGACAUCAUGGAAGCUCUGCAGUACCUCCACAACUGCAGGGUUGCACAUUUGGACAUAAAGCCUGAAAACCUGCUCAUUGACCUGCGGAUUCCAGUGCCUCGAGUGAAGCUCAUCGACUUGGAGGAUGCUGUCCAGAUCUCAGGUCACUUCCACAUCCACCACCUGCUGGGGAAUCCUGAGUUUGCUGCCCCAGAAGUGAUCCAAGGCAUUCCUGUCUCUCUGGGCACAGACAUCUGGAGCAUAGGGGUUCUUACCUAUGUCAUGCUGAGUGGGGUCUCCCCCUUCUUGGAUGAGAGCAAAGAGGAGACAUGUAUCAAUGUGUGCAGGGUGGACUUCAGCUUCCCCCAUGAAUACUUCUGCGGCGUGAGCAAUGCUGCCAGAGAUUUCAUCAAUGUGAUCUUGCAGGAAGACUUCCGGAGGCGGCCCACAGCAGCCACCUGUCUGCAGCACCCAUGGCUGCAGCCCCACAAUGGCAGCUACUCCAAGAUCCCCCUGGACACUUCCCGUCUGGCAUGCUUCAUAGAACGCCGCAAGCAUCAGAAUGACGUUCGGCCUAUUCCCAAUGUGAAGAGCUACAUUGUCAACCGGGUAAACCAAGGCACGUAGCCACCUCCUGGCCCCUGAGGUUUCACAUGGAACUGCAGUGUGAACCAAAGCAAGACUGAAUGUGUCUGUAAAUAACUCAGUUAAUUAUUUCACUCCAUGGGGUUCUCUGGAUUGAGAAAUGUACCUCUUAACCUCAUCAGUGGUUAUUCAGGGUCUGGGCAGCAGUAAAACCAUCCUAAAUCCAGGGGCUUUCCAGAUGGUCAUUUACAAGAGAGAAAGAUGCAAAGUCACAGAAAGUAUUAAGAAGAGAGAGACAAGGAUAACAAGAAUAUUAGCUCUUACAAAAUUGUAAUCAUGUGUUCCAAAAUGAGUGGUUAACUGGGCAAACUUAAGCUCACCAUAGUGAGUAUAAAAGGUCUCUGCCUUUGCUGAAAUUUUAAGCAAAAAGUUCUAUUUAACAGAGAUGUCAUGUAUGUCAACUAUUCUGGUUUAGAUUAUUUAGAUAUAGUUUCCUAGUAGGAUACAUAUACACAUACAGUAAAAUAUAUCCCAUUCAGGUUUCAGAGUUUUAUAAUACAGAGAUAUAUAUGAGAUCAAUCAUAAAUAACUUUGAGUGCUCUAGUUAAGACAGUAAUUUAUUUAUCGAAGCAUUACAUUGUUUUGACUAAGCACAAUUAGAUGACAAGUUUUUUAGAACAUUUUAUAAAUCUUGUAUAGAAAUCUUUUACCAGAACCCAUUAAGAGAAAGCAAUGUUACCCUUUUGCAAUCUGUGAGUGAGAAGAUUUUUUCUCUGAGUCACGGGUAUUUGAUUAACAUAGGUUCUGUCUAUGAAAUGCUACCCCCAAAUUCACUGGCAGCUCAGUUAAUCUGGCAGAAAAGCCUGCCAGGAAGUAAGUUCAAAUACAGUAAGAGUUGUGGGGCUAUUUUUAUGUCUACACUUGGUUUAAAAUAAUGAACAUAACAGGUUCAUACAAAAGGGCAAGUAGAAACCUUUCCUACAGUUCCUAGGAAGAACUUAGCAACUCUUUCUGGUUUCUUCUACAGCUGUAGGAUAUAGUCCUCAGAAAGUUGGCUUUUUUUCUUUCUAACCCCUUUUGGAAGCUAAGGGAUGCUUAUCAAAAGGAGGCAGCCAUAUAGGCCUUGUAAAGGCCUGGUUCCAAGUCGUUUUUCAAGCCAUGGAAUAAAAUCCGAUCUAUCACCCUAAUAGAGAAUAGAGUUUUAACUAUGAUUGCAAUACUGAUCACCACUCAGCACUGAUAUUUCCCUGGACCAAAAGGACUAAUUGCACUUUGAGGCCAAUGCUGCUUUCUGGUGUAUAUUCUCCAUACAAGAUGACUAUACAUACAAGACGAACCGCCCUUUUUCCCUCUGGUGGAAAAGAAAAUCAAACCUGGGCAUUUCAUGUUUUUUUUUUCUUUUGUUUUUGGGGAAGUUUUCAUUUUUAUGUUUGUACAUAAUCCACCCUUUGUUUUCUAGGAUGUGUUUUGAAAAUUGCUGUUAAGCAAAUAAUAAUUUUAAAAUGUAACUGAAGUGUCUGUCAGAUCAGGUUUAAUGGUAUUGCUUCUCUCCUAUAAUAGGAGUGAGAGAAGUUAAAUCAUGCAGCACCAAAGUGCAAGCAGAAAGUUUAUGAAGGAUAAAUAAAACUAUAAACCUAUCUAAAUGGAAAAGAAUGCUGGAAACUAAUCCUGAAUUUUAAUAGAUAAAAACACUUAUUCCCACAGUGGAAAUGUAGAAUUAAAAUGUCCAUCAUUCUUUUCCAUUGAUUUCAAAGCCAACUUCCUCAUCCACCCUCCACCCCAUACCGUCUAAGAUUAUAGAUUGAUAAAUUAGUAGUAAGUAUGAGCAAUAAGACUAGAUAGCAUUUCGUAUUUUCAGAAUUAACCAAAUAUGUGGAACUUGACUCUGGCUGUAUCUGUUUCCUAGUUCUUGAAUGGCUCUGGGUCAUCAAGGCCCCCUCCCUCAGAGCUCUCUCCUGACUAACCUGCCAUAGUCUUUAUUUAAACCUAUAUGUACAUGAUACACUAUUUUUAAAUUUAAAACAUAUUUACUAAAAAUUCUUUUGGUAAACAUGGCUUCAUGAUGAAAUAUAGCAUAAAAGAAGAAAGCCUGGUCCCUAGGACUCCUCCUGGGAUAGACUGCAAGUUCUGAGGAUUCCAAGUAUCCACACGGUUAUGGCUCAGCAAGUUCUGUUCUGUCCCCUGGGGACAGUGGUUAAAGAGCCCCCUGCUGAGUCACUUUGAAUUGUUCUGACCAUGCAGGAGAUAAACUGAGAUUCUACUUGAGACGAAGAGGGCCCAGGACAGUGGUACGCAGACUGCCCGUGAGCGUUAAUGAAAUCGUGUUUUGGGGAGGGUGGCGGGCAGUGUUAGAGCCAAAGCUUUUAUAUCAGCUUUUACAUCAGAGUUGGGAUGGUCCAGAUACGAGGUUUCAUGGAAUCCUCCUAAGGACACAUGUUGGGGAAGCAAGGAGACAGAAGAGGAGGGACAUAGAAGGGAAAAUAGUAAGAGUCUGUUAACUGGAGCCAACGUACAAUCAUUAGAGUAGAACAAAUUUCACAGAGGCCCCAAGAGAAAGGACAUGUAUUUUAUAUAGGUUGGUAACAAGAAAACUAAUAGGGAGGCUCCCUGCCUGCAAAGCUCCUGGUCCCUCCCAACGGUUAGGAGAGUAGUCCUGGUUCAAGAAUUCUCUAGAACAAGUUGGAAAUAACAAGGAACCCCAGGAGAUGGGGCAGGGAAAUGUACUUUAGGUUGCUCUGUGGGCAGCUGUGAUGAGGGAUGAAGGAUUAGGGACCGGUUUCUUGUACCUGUUUUGGCAGAGAUGUUAAUUACCUUGUUGUAGAGAAGAGAGGAGAGAAAAGAGUUCACUUCUACUAUAAUUAUGGUAGUUCUCCAAAUCAAGGAAUUAGUUACCUAGGAAUUAGUAAGAGUGAACUUCCAGUUGAAAUGAGAAAGGUAAAUGUUGGUUAAAGUCCCAAGUUUCUCGCUUGGCUUAUAUUCAUUGCAUGGGGUUUUGGGGGUUUUUGUUGUUGUUUCCUAAGGGUGGGAUGCAGACAGAAAGAAAAGAUCAGGGACAACCCACAAUUUUUAAAAGGUAUGAUUUACUGCAUCUUUUACAUUUGCUUGAAAUCGAUUUAUAUCCACUUACAACUGAAUGUGGGAAAAUGUUUAAGGAAAAAAAAUUGUAAUGUUGGCAGUGUCCUUCAGGUGUCAGAGCCAUAGACACUCUUGGGGGAGAAGGGGAAGCAGAGGAAAAGCUGGCUUUGUGGCUUUGUGGUUCACAAGCCUUUAUAAAUAGUAGUGCCUUUCAGAGGGGAGGAUGGGAGUAAAAGAAGUCCAUUGUAUUUAGAUUGACUGAUACUGCUGCAUUUUUUCUUUAUUUUAAAGUAUCUUUUAAAUGAAAACAUCUGAAUAUAGGGUGAGCCCAGGACUUCUUGAGCUUCAACCUCAGCUAUUCCUGAUUCAUCCUUUCUUACAGAAAGUCUUUGUUUUUUCUGCCCCAAGUGUCCCCAUUGUUAAAAUGGGAGUUGGGGGAAGGAGGGAGGACAUUCAUCUCAUAGCAAUGUUGGAAAAAUACUCUAGUUGGGAUGUCUAGAAAAUGCUUUGAUUUUUUAAAAGUGCUACACACUGCCAGUCUAAGAAUUUUAUUGACAGUAACUUUGGACAUUCCAGGUUUUCAAUAUUCAUGUCUUAGGAUACCAUUUGUGAGUGAAGUUAAAUUCUGUAAGUUGAUUUUAACUGGAAGUACUAGAUGUCUUAAUGUCGUUUGGUCUUAGCCUGUAAUUUUGAUCAUUUAAAAGCUUGUCUACAGAAAAGAGCUGAUGAAGUCUUACGUCAGUCAACUGUUUUCUCCAGUAUUUCUUAGGGCAGACACAGAGUGGGAUGCCCUCCAAAACAACCACUACUCUCUCUCUCAAGCUCUAUGCUCUGGAAAAUUGAUAGAAAAGAACCCAAACAGCCACUUUCUCCACUGGGAGGGCAGAAGCGAGGAAAAAAUAUUUUUUGAUACCACAACUCAUUUCUGCACAGUCCCACAGGUAUCUCUUAAAUGCACAGGUAUAGAAAUGAAUUGAACUGUUGGUUUGGGGAGAGAAAACCUUGGAGCUUUUUUUUUUUAGAUAAUUAGGUGUUUCAUGUGUAGCAUUAUUUGCUUUCUUGUAGCCUCCAUAAUUCACUGCCUGUGAAGUAACCAUUACUUUUUUCUUGCCUAUGUGGAAGAGCAUGGAAAUUUAGAUUUGUGAGAAUAUGAGGGAGCAAAUAUGUUAUAAACUAGAAAGUGGUUAUUUCUGUGUAUUAACUACUAAGCUUCUGUCCCAUGAAUUUGAUAGAGAAGGAAAUAUUUCAAAUAUAAGGGGUCUGUGUAGCAAGGCAAAGAUGCAAACUCACCAUCUCCUUGUUCAGUUUUUAGGAAUGUGGGCCUUACUCUUUUCUCUCCUGGGCAGCAUCUCUGUGGAGUCUGGGUUAGACAAACACAGUACAUGAGUGUUCAGUGGAUUUAUUUGCAUGAUGUCUUUUCAGAACUAUUUAAAAUCUAGGGUUCAUUUGGAAAUGAAUUAUUAAACUCAAGGCAGGGAUAGGAAAGACAAGGUUCACACAUACUCCACUAAGAAGAGGGAAGCUAUCAUGUUAAUAUUUAUUUCCUAAAUGCUAUAAGGCUAGUUGUUUCAUUAAUUUUUAGAGGGUUAAAAAAGGACUGAAAUGUGUCCAUAGUACUAUACAUUUUUAAUAGAAAAUAUUAUUCAUGUGAGAAAUCUAUACAGAAAUAGAACACAAAUAUCACAGGUCAUAUUUUCUAUUAAAGGCAUUUCCUCCUCAUUUUCAUUAUAUGUAGAAGUUAGAAGAAAGUAAACAGCAAUUACAGUUUAGACAAAUUUUCAUCCUUUAGGGACAUUUAUGGAAACACUGAAAUUAAUACUCACAGGCUACUGUGUUUUCCUGUCAGUCUGUUCGCAGGAAGAUUCUAAAAUGUCAGAUUUAGUUUUUAUUCAAAUGAUCAACAUUAACUGUUUAUUCAAAUAACUGUUAUUUUGCCUAGUGAAGAUAGCCAAGAAAGGGCAGGUGGUGGAAAAAAGUGCAAAUAAAUUUCUUGAAGUCCCAACUCCUUAGGCUUAAUUUAAGCAAGCCAGCUUGCUAGCCCAAGAAUAGCUAGCCCAAGUGUUCCAUCAAUGCCUGACUUCUAUCAAGAAAUGAAUCCACCUCCAGGAGUACUGGGGGACUGCUACUAUGAUCUCAAAGACUGCAGUUAUGGACUGGAAGUUAACAGAAUAUACAUCUUCUCUUACUAACUUAAGCCAUAUCUGUCAUCUCUGUGUUUGACUUUUUUGACCCUGGUGCUUUUACUUCUGUUUCUGCCAAACUUCAGCCUACUCUAUGGGGAAGGUGAGUAAAAUUAAUAAGACAAAUGUGAAGACUGUAAAGGAACUAAACAUACUCUAGAAUGAGAUCCUAUUCAGAGAACAGUAGUGGUCGAAGUGCAAACUGUUGGAAAAUAUGGAUAUAUGUACAUCUGUACAUGUAUAUAGUGUAUAAUAUGUAUGUAUAUGUUAUUGCUCAUAUGCUGAAAUCUAUCCAGUUGAAGACAACCCAGGUGGGUCAAUUUUUCUAUUGGAAAACCAUUUAGGGCCAUUCAAAACCAUUAGGAUUGGUAAGUGGAGUUAGAGUCUACUCAUUUGGGAAUUUUUUGUUGUCUUUUGAAGUCCAGUAAGCCAAAUGAACAAAGCCUGAAAUAUAAUUGGGCACUCAUUUAGGUUAUUCUGUUUUCCUGGAAUCAGAAGUAUCUUUAUAUUUAAAUUAUUAAAAGUUGGUUUGCAAACUGCAUUGGUACCUCUUGGUUUUGAGUGACCCCUCCCCAACAAGUCUUUCAAGAGUUUGGGAUGGGCUUCUCUGGCCAUUCAGAUAAAGGGCCUUAUCUGUAAGUGGACAGGUUUCCCCAUAGGGACCAUUACACAUAUACAUAUAAGUAAUACUUACAUCGGCUUGUAACAAUUGAUUUGAAAUCAUUCCACAGUAUUGAUAAAUAGUUCUAUAUUUUCAAGGUGCAGAAGAAUUCCACAGCCUUAAUUAUUUCAGUGUCUUGCUGGUCUGCCUUAAGUGUAUCUUCUGGGUUUUUGGUUGUCUUAUUAUUUUUAAAUUUUUCUGCAGUUGUUCAUUUUGUAUGCACACAAUGUUGUUUUGUAAAGGUAGGUUGUAAAUAUUUUAUUUGUAAGUCAAAAUCACUCAUGUGUAAUGUUGUAAAGUGAUGACCUGCUGUCUUGUAUUAUUACUACAGUAAAUGUUGUUAAGUUAUGGAUGAAACUUCAAAAUGUACAUCUCACAAGUUAUGCAUUCCUAUAAAUAUACUAUA